GCCGGGGCGAAGUGACCAGGCGGCGGCGGCGGCGGUGGCUCUGCUGAGGUGACAAUGUGCUAGGAGUCCUCACUGGGUCUUCGUCCCUCCUCGGCCUUGGCGCCCGCUCUGGGCGCGCUCGCGGAGUCCUACCGCCCGCCGUUGCGCUAUGAGGGCUCCUCUCUGGGGCUGGCCGAGGCCGGAGCCGGCUUGCACGGUUUGAGAGGAAGUGUGAAAAGAGCGCGGGCGGGAGCUGGGGCUGCGCACCGAGCGGCACUCUAGGGCCAGCGCGGUAUCCAGGUGAGCGCCGGCUUGGUGAGCAGUGUACUCGGUGCAGCUGGUCGGCGCCUGCCCGGCUUGAUCGGAGGCUGAAUCCAGUGCGUGGACCGCCCUUCUCUCUUCGUGGGAUCCUUGGCCACGAUAGCAGAUGCAUUUUGUAGAAGUAUUUUGAGGAUGAAUGUUUUCAAAUCAUUUUGAAAUUUCCAAGCACUAUAUACAUGGGAUGCAUCCUGCUUUCAACCUGGAGUUCACCUCUGUGUCGUGGAUCCAUCCAAGGAGCAUUUGCCUUCAAUCUCUGUGUUAACUAGAAAUCAAGUAAAGUCAUGAGGAGAUUCGUUUACUGCAAAGUGGUUCUGGCCACUUCACUGAUGUGGGUCCUUGUGGAUGUCUUCUUACUACUGUACUUCAGUGAAUGUAACAAGUGUGAUGACAAGAAGGAGAGGUCCCUGCUGCCUGCACUGAGGGCUGUUAUUUCAAGAAACCAAGAAGGCCCAGGAGAAAUGGGAAAGGCUGUGCUGAUUCCUAAAGAUGACCAGGAGAAAAUGAAAGAGCUGUUCAAAAUCAAUCAGUUUAACCUUAUGGCCAGUGAUUUGAUUGCCCUUAAUAGAAGUCUGCCAGAUGUAAGACUGGAAGGAUGCAAGACAAAAGUCUACCCUGAUGAACUUCCCAACACAAGUGUAGUCAUUGUGUUUCAUAAUGAGGCUUGGAGCACUCUCCUUAGAACUGUUUACAGUGUUAUAAAUCGCUCCCCACACUACUUGCUCUCUGAGGUCAUCUUGGUAGAUGAUGCCAGUGAAAGAGAUUUUCUCAAGUUGACAUUAGAGAAUUAUGUGAAAAAUUUAGAAGUACCAGUAAAAAUUAUCAGGAUGGAAGAGCGCUCUGGGUUAAUACGAGCCCGUCUUCGAGGAGCAGCUGCUUCAAAAGGGCAGGUCAUAACGUUUCUGGAUGCACACUGUGAAUGCACAUUAGGGUGGCUGGAGCCCUUGCUGGCAAGAAUAAAGGAAGACAGGAAAACAGUCGUAUGCCCCAUCAUUGAUGUGAUUAGUGAUGAUACCUUUGAAUAUAUGGCUGGGUCAGAUAUGACUUAUGGGGGUUUUAACUGGAAACUAAAUUUCCGCUGGUAUCCUGUUCCCCAAAGAGAAAUGGAUAGGAGGAAAGGAGACAGAACAUUGCCUGUCAGGACCCCUACUAUGGCUGGUGGCCUAUUUUCUAUUGACAGAAACUACUUUGAAGAGAUAGGAACUUACGAUGCAGGAAUGGAUAUCUGGGGUGGAGAGAAUCUUGAAAUGUCUUUUAGGAUUUGGCAAUGUGGAGGCUCUUUGGAGAUUGUAACUUGCUCCCAUGUUGGUCAUGUUUUUCGGAAGGCAACCCCUUAUACUUUCCCUGGUGGCACUGGUCAUGUCAUUAACAAGAACAAUAGGAGACUGGCAGAAGUUUGGAUGGAUGAAUUUAAAGAUUUCUUCUAUAUCAUAUCCCCAGGUGUUGUCAAAGUGGAUUAUGGAGAUGUGUCAGUCAGAAAAACACUAAGAGAAAAUCUGAAGUGUAAGCCUUUCUCUUGGUACCUAGAAAACAUCUAUCCGGACUCCCAGAUCCCAAGACGUUAUUACUCACUUGGUGAGAUAAGAAACGUGGAAACCAAUCAAUGUUUAGACAACAUGGGCCGCAAGGAAAAUGAAAAAGUGGGUAUAUUCAACUGUCAUGGCAUGGGAGGAAAUCAGGUAUUUUCUUAUACAGCUGACAAAGAAAUCCGAACUGAUGAUUUAUGCUUGGAUGUGUCCAGACUCAAUGGACCUGUAAUCAUGCUAAAGUGCCACCACAUGAGAGGAAAUCAACUAUGGGAAUACGAUGCUGAGAAAGCAGGUAAAUGGGAAUAUAAUUUCAAGACCCACACUCUUCUUCAUAUAACCACCCAGUCCUGUCUCUCACUAAGCAAAGUAGCUGAUGGCUCUCAACAUCCCACUGUGGAAGCAUGUGACGAUAGUACUUGGCAAAAAUGGCUACUAAGAAACUAUACCAGAACAGAAGUUUUUAGGAAUAUUUUUGGGAAUCUUACUGAUUACUUUCUGUAAUCAUUUUUAGUGAUUCGCGUUGCAGACUUCAUUAUAUUUGUUUAGUACUUUUGCUAUGUUUGAUCAUUGAAAUCUGGAAACUUUUUAAAAAUAUGGUUUAAAAAAAUUUUAUGUAUGGCAACUUUUUAUGUCUUUUGCUUCUUAGCUUCUCAUUAAUUUGGAGACUGUACAUAUUAAGUAGUGUUUAGUCUAUCAUUAACAUAUAUUUUUCUAUUUCAAAUAUAUGUACAUAAAUAUAAUUAAUAAAAUAUUUUAUUAAAUAUCAACUUUUUCUUGGGCUAAUUAUAGCCAUGUUGGUGACAACAGAGUCUGUAUCAGAGCUGAUUUUAAAAAAUCUAACAUAGUUAAAAUACCUAAUAGCUGAAAAAAAUGGAAUGUUUAAUUUUUAUUGUUUAUUUAAUUUUGUUGAUUUUUAAUAGGUGCUUUUGUUGUUUGUAGAUGUAGCACACUCUUUAUAAAGUGUAUAGUUAUUUUAAUCUGAAAUGCUAAGAAAAUGCACUAUUAAAGACUAAAUAAGAUGUAAUUUUCAAUAACUUUAUGAAAAAAAAUCUAAGCAUUUCUUUGUGGUGAAGUGAUAUAAUUAUAACAAUAAAACUUUUUAAAAAUAAUAUCUUUUAUCUCUCCUUGUAUGAUUUAUGACUGUCUUCUCAGUAAGGAAUAAAAUGAAGCUUGUAGUUAAAAUCAGCAAACUGGUGAGCAAUUCUAGUAAACGGUGCAAAUAAGAACACAUCUUAGUUCUUGAUUUUAUUGGAUUUAUCACUCAGUAAAUGUGAUUUUAUGUUGUCCAAUGCCUUACUAUGAGAAUACAUGGGAGGUUAGGGAGGUUUUCUGGUUCCCAUGUACCAGCUAAUGGAUUUUAGUGCAAGACACAAUGGAUCUUGAAUUGCUUGUAACAUAGCUGCCAAUGGAAGUAUGGAAAGUGGAUGGCAAUAGGGGUAUUUUUGGAUUUGAAUCAUGUUUGAGAUAAGGACAUUCUGAAUAUAAGUCAUAAUUCUAAGUUUAGACCCUUUGCAUAAAGAGGAAUUGCACGGAAGGCAAUUUACAUAUAUUAUAUUAGUGUGCUUGCAGAUUAACCAUACCUGGUAUGUGCAAUGCCCAACAAGAGACAUUUUAAAACUAAAAUUUCACUCCCCAUGUCUACUUAUAGAGUUCUAGGGCAGAGACCACAGCUCGCUUCUCUUGUUAGGAAAUCUUGUGGCAGUUCCCCCAGCACUUCUUACAGGCUUCUGGAAGACAGCUUCUGUGCAGGUGACAGCCCAGUGCAAGAUUAUGAGAUUCAUUCAGCCAGAUGUAGAAACCAUCCUGGCUUAAUAGUCUUAUCCUCACAGGAGUUACCUCCUGUUCCAGCUCUCCAGGCAGUUCCAAGAACCCAAGGGGACACUGGAAAUUACAGGAGUCUACCCUCAGAAUCCCUGAAUUUAUCUUCUUACAUGAAUUUGGUAUUUUACCAAUUUUUCAGUUGCAGAAGCAAUUUAUCAAUCAGAGGUCAUUUUUACCAUAAACUGUGUUGCCUAGGAACAUAUAGUUAGCUGUUUUAUCUUUAUCAGGUUGCUAAGGGACCAGAGUUAGUUAGCUGACUCAAGGUCUGUUUAUUUUUAGCAGAAGAGGAAGGGGUAUUUGUAAGCAUUUAUAAAUCUAACCAAGUAUUUUCUGACAAAAAAAAAAAAAAUCUGAUUCCUUAGAAUGAUUUGGUGGCUUGCCAAAAUAUUCACAGCUAGUAAGUGGCAAAAGAAGAAUUCACACAAGUCUAUCUGAGCCUAAAAUGUCUGAUUUCCUACUGCACUACAGUAAAAAGGAGAAAUUUUUGGUUGGUCUUUGUUAUCUUAGCAGCAGUGUGUUUAGGCUAUUAAUAAAUACCUUCAAAAGAAAUAUUCAUGCAUUUUUUUUAGAAAGAACAAUGCUUACUAGUAUUUUUUUUAAUUGUCAUCAUUUGUGUAAUGUUUAAUAAUACUUAAUUUGAUCCUUCAAGAGAAAAGAUCUUAGUUUAUUCCAUUUUGGCCUAAGGUAUCUGAUCUGAUCAUUGAUCAAAGAAUCCAUCUGUUGUGUGUGAUCAGCUUAGACUAAGAUAAUGACAGAGCUUUGUGGGGUAUUUCAAUGGGCAAUAAUGUACUAGAUAUAAGUACAAUUCAUACUUUCUUAGAAAAAGGACCUAAUAGAAGCAUGAAAUGGUAAGUGAUUUUUUUUUUGAAGGAGAAUAUAUAUAUAUACAAAUGACCUCAGGUAAGUAACAAAAUUGAAGAUUCUUUUUUGAUGUUGACUAGAAAUUUUUAGGGAAAAAAAAUUGCUUUAGUUUCAUUUGGAUCUUUUUUAACUGGCUGGUGUUUGAAUUUCUGGCACGAUGAAAAGAAUAAAUCAACUAUCUUCCUGCCUUUCUAUCCUUGACAAUUUCUUUUUUCUCCAUUUUUGAGUAUAAAUAGUUUGAUUCAUGUAUCAAAAAGCAACAACAAAGGUCUCAAUCUUGAAAUCUCCUUCACUUCUAGUAGUCUUGCUCUUUUAAUUUCCUGCUUAUUGUCUAUUGGACAUCCUCCACCACAGCCAAUUCUUUGUUCUGUCUUUCCUCACAACAGGGCAGCUCUGGGUGUUUUCAGUCCUAAUCUAAAUGAAUAAUAGGAAGGGAAGGAGGGGAAGGAAAGAUUUUUGUCAACCAUUAAUUUUGGUAAUUUGCACAAAAAAAGGGGGGAUCUGGGGUGCUAUUUUAAAGAUAUACCCACAAAUAACUUCAUAAAUUUUUCUGGUUGGGGAGUUUUUCAUCUAAUGUGGUUCUAGGCAUUGCCCAUGAAACUGAAGAAAACUAUAUAUAAUUAGUACAUAUAAAGCACAUGGAUUUAAAAAAUAUAUAUCUGGAAAUUUCAAAAAUGUGAUUUUCAAUAUAAUUGAGAACACCUUUUAGAAUUAUGAAGAAAGUAAAAAUAAACAAGCAUAGCAUUUUUAAAAAUCUGAUCAUAAUAUCCCUGCUAUUAUUUGAUAUUCAUAUGUUCAAAUUCUAAAAAAUGUAUAUCAAAAUAUGGUGAUCAUACUAUCAAGUAAGACAGAUCAUUUGUUGCCAUGAAUCACUAUUCUAAAAUAAAUGUGUCAGAUACUAUGGUUUGUUUAAUAUUUUGAAAUGGGAACAUCACUAGCAGUUUUGUUCAUUUGGGCCACAGCUGUGACAUCUAUUUGCAUGUUUACCAAAUAGUUACUGAAUAACACAUGCCUAAGAAAACUAAGCUUUUGUGAAAGCUUGUUAAUAUUUUCAGCCCUCAACUAUACUUAGAGCUCACAAUGGGCUUUUUGCAAAGAAGCCUGAAUUUUUGGCAACCCAUGAUAAAUAUUAGCCAAUUGCUUUAACCAUCUGCAAAUAAAGGUGCAUUAGACAAGAAUAACUCCUUAACCAUCAGAGUUGUAUAAUUAACUCAGAGACACCUAUGCACAGUUCCUUCUACAAACAUAUCACAAUGUAAUACACUGAAAAAAAAAUGAUAAAGGAUUGUUUAAAGAGCUUUUUU